GGAAGCUGUCGAACGGAACGGCUCACUAGUUGCCGGGACGGACACGGCUCCAACAAUGGAUUACGGAGACGAUUUACUUUGAGGAUAAACUCCUAGCAUAAACUCAUAUAUAUUUGGUCAUAGUGGACUUGAAUCUGCUUAGUUACGCUUGUAUGGCAUGCGAGAAAGUCCGUCCUUGAUCAACCUGAAAGAACCCCGGCUGGUGCCUAGUGCUUCUGAUGCCAGGCUAAGCUAUUUGGAGCCUUCCAGUCCACAGAGAAACAAGCAUGCAAAUAAACACAAGUAGGGAUCGGCAAGCCCCUGCCGUGAAACAUACUAUGGCACGAUCCAUUUUAUUGACCAAUCAUCCAUCAUGACGGUGUUCGCAAGGAGAGAGGCGCAGAGAUGGGAAUCGAACUGGGGGAGCAAUCUAGGAAGAUUCAUCACUGUCCCCAGAUCAAAGCCUCCCCGGAUUCAUUCAGCAUAUCUCGGAGUUAUUCGUGUGCUAUUACAAAUGCCGCAGCUAUUCUUUAUCGGCGGAACGGGCCAUGUCGGAGGAGCAGUUCUGGAUAGAUUAGUCGAACUGCAUCCCAACGUCUUGGUCAAGGUGCUCGUUAGGACGCAGGGAAAAGCAUCACGACUUAUGUCGAAAUACCCCAAAGUCCAAACCGUUAUUGGCGCCCUGGAUAGCUUCGAUGAGAUCGAAAGCAGUUGCCGCGCGGCCGAUAUUGUCGUGAACACUGCGCCUGAUGUUACGCACGAAGCUUCCUACCAAGUUAUCCUCCGAGGCAUGAAGAGUCGAGAAACUAAGGGCUACUAUAUUCAUACUUCUGGUGCUUCUCUUAUCUGGGAUGAGCCGAAAGGAUCCAAGGACGCCCGUGUCUGGGACGACAUUGGGGACAUUGGGGACUUGACUUCGAUGGACGUCACGUGUACCCACAGUGCUACAGACAAGAUUGUUCGAGAGGCCGCGCAGGAAAUCAACAUAGCCAUCAUCUCCCCCGGUGGCGUCGGCGGUCUGAGCCCCUCCAUUGAGCACCCCACGCCCAUCACCACACCGGGCAUACUGCUCACGGCCCGCGCAUUCAACUCAGGCUUCCAGAUUGACGAGGGCCAGAACCGGCACUCCUGGAUCCACGUUCUCGACAUCGCCGAGAUCUACCUGAAGUUGAUUGGUCACGCGCUCGACGGUAACGCAACUGUGGAGGGACUACAGCUCUGGGGCCCUGAGGCGUACUACUUUGCCACGAGCGAGGAAAUCUCGUUUGCCGAUUUCAUCACAGGCCUGGUACCUGUGUUGCAUAAACAUGGUGUAAUUCAGUCUACCGAGAUCAAGCCGGUUAGUGUCAUAGACGCGGCACGGGCGAGUAUUUGGGGAAAGGACUACAAACCGGAUGCAGCACCUCCGCCAGAGGACUCGUGGGCGAUGCAUAUUUCCAUUUUGUACGGCAUCAAUAUGCGCAUCCGGGGGUCACGGAUGUUCAAGCUGGGAUGGAUGGCAGAAAGAGGAUCGGUGGUGGACACGUUUGAGGAUGUCAUUGCCGCUCACUUGGCUCUGGAGCAGAAUAGGGGAAAGGAGUAGGUUUACUCGUUUGGUACACGUAAGAAUCCCUGGCAACGAUCUACGAAUCAUUAUAGUGCUGUUUCCCUUGCACAAUAAUUAUAAGCUUAGAACUUGUCCCGAUUUUGGAACGAUUGACCG